AUGGACAGAUUCGAUACUUCCAAAGACCCACGCUUCAAGCGUGCACCACGACAUGUACGGCGCGUGCAAGUCGAUGGGCGGUUUGCCCGCAUGUUCAAAGAUUCACAGUUUGUGGAAACUCCGAAGGUUGAUGCUCGCGGCCAAAAGUUGAGCCGCCAAGCGGGAAAGCAGAAGCUGCAAGAGUUCUAUGAUCUAGCAGGCGUUGAAACCUCAAAAGCUCCCAAAGAAGCCAGCCUUGGUGUCAAGAUGGACGAGGAGUUUGAGGACCUGGAAGAAGCAGAGGAGGAAGAGGAGGAGUUACCUGAAGAGGACGAGGAGGAUGAGUCGGAGGAGGCUGAAGAGGAUCACACUUCUUCUGCCUGGAACGUCGGGCAAGAUAAUGUGCCAAGUGGUGAUGCAACCCGGCGGCUUGCCGUCAUGGGUUGUGACUGGGAUCAUGUUGCUGCCGGCGAUCUUAUGGUCAUGUUCCGGACAUACUUAAGCGCAGCUCGUUCCAAGAACCAAGCCGGUAAUGUCGAAAAGAUCAGCGUGUAUCCAUCUGAUUAUGGAAUUCAGCGCGCCGAGCGGGAGGCCAUCGAGGGUCCCUUAAUUGCCGACGAGAUGACCAAAGCCGACGAGGAGAAUUCAGAGGCGCAGCAAGAAGCGUUGAGGCGGUACCAGAUGGAUCGCACAAAAUAUUUUUGGGCUCUGGUCGAGUGUGAUUCAGAAUCCACCGCCACAUGGCUUUAUGAUGAGAUGGACGGAAUUGAGGCGGACGGCAUUUGUCCUGCCACCCUUGACCUACGUUUUGUGCCUGAUGAUUUGGUGCCUCCGCAUGAGCCGACGAGUGUGGCAACUGAAGUUCCGAAGAAGUUCUCAGGCCCAGCAAUGCUGCGGUCUGCAACUGGACACACCAAAGUGAAGUGCACAUGGGACGAGGCCCCACCUCAACGACGAAAAGAUCUCAUGAAAAAGAGAUUCUCCCCAGCGGAGCUGGCCGACAUGGACCUCCGUGACUACUUAGCUUCAAGCUCUGACGAGUCCGAGGCGAAAGGUGAAGCAGCAAAAGAACUGAAGGCUCUUGUGGCAAACAGUGACUCUGAGGGCGGUGGUGGGGGUGAUGAUUGCGAGGACAGCGAUUCAGAGAACCCAAGCAGCAAGCCGUCCAAAGCAGACGGAAACAUGGAGGAGCUUUCGGAACGUGCCCAGAAACAGGGCGGGCGUGGUGUGCACACCCUGGAGUCGGAAGAGCCCAAGAGUGCGUGGCAGAAGUAUUUGGAUAAGCGCAAGGAAAAGAGAAGGGAGAAGAGACAGAAAGCCAGAGAAGAAAAGGCCAAGCUUAAAGAAGACACUGGGAAGGAAGCCGGCAAGGGUCCGAAGCUGGAUAAGCAGAAUGGCCAAGAUGGGGGUGAAGAUUUGGAACUGCUGGUUGAAGCAGAGACAGCAGACGGAGCGCGAAGCUUCAACCUUCGGGGCCCGCAGCGGCGAGCACAUGAUCACGGUGUGAAGGAUGCAGCCGCAUUUCAGAUGGACGUCCAUGACCGUCGCCUUGAAAAGGUUUUCAACAGUGCCGACUUUGAGAUUGACCCCACCAAUCCUGAGUUCAGGAAGUCUGAAGGAAUGUCCGAAGUUCUCCGAGAAAAGCGCAAGCGCCGCACGAAGGCGGUGCCGAGAGCGAGCGCUGGAGAGGAGGCACCGCCAGCUACAAAGCUUGCGAAGCCCGCCAUGGCAGCUACGGCCGGUAAAGCCGGCUUGCAGCUCUUUGCAUCAACGAGGCCAAUCAGCAAAUCGGCUGAGGCCGGGAUGAACCUGGCUGAGACAGCUGAUGUUCAUGCGAGCGUUUCGAUGCCUCGAACCAAAAAGACGCGCAAGAAGAAAUCAAAAGUGUGA